AUCAUUGGUGGUUUAAAUAGUGCCGAGUAUAAACCAUUCAAUGAUGAACUAAAUCGGAUGAAAAAUAAUUAUGCUACAGCUAUACCAAUAAUUGAUGGAUUGAAUAUUGAUCAAUUACAAGAUUUUCUCAAAUGUAUUGAAUAUUCGAAUACAGUCAUGAAUCUAGACGGUGGUGAUAUAGACAGAAUGAAAGAAUUCCCAUGUUGCAAAAAACCGGAUCAGUUUUAG